CUCUCUCCAGUGAUGUGAGUCGCGGUGCUCCCCUCUGCAGACACAUACACAGCCUGCCAGGAUCAGCAGGUUACACACCGGGACUCCGCUACUCCCCUGCAGCACCAUCCAAGGAUACGGACAGGACGCAAGCCUCCCGCUAACCAGGGACCACGGUGGACCCCGGGGACUAACAGCGGCACCGGGAGCUUCCCCCGGGAUCUUCAGCAAGUCAAAGCGGAGGCGUACCUGUGCAGACAUGUCCCAAUCAGCGACACGUAGGCUGCAGAGAGGAGCUCCUAUCCACCUCCAUCCAGGCAUAAUGGAGGCCCCCAGUGUAGACAAAGAUCUGCUGGAGGGAUGCACGUCUCCCUUCGAGCUAAAAUCGGCUCCCAGCAAGAAGAUGUGGGUCAAACUACGAGCUCUCCUGAAGUACAUGGUGAAGCAACUAGAGAAUGGAGAGGUCAACAUUGUGGAACUGAAAAAAAACUUGGAGUACACGGCCUCAUUGCUGGAAGCUGUAUAUAUUGAUGAGACACGACAAAUCCUAGACACAGAAGAUGAACUUCAAGAAAUUCGCUCAGAUGCUGUACCCUCUGAGGUCAGAGACUGGCUGGCUUCUACAUUUACACAGCAAACACGGGCCACAGGUCGACGGUCUGAGGAAAAGCCAAGGUUCCGCAGCAUUGUACAUGCUGUACAGGCAGGCAUUUUUGUGGAGAGAAUGUUUCGAAGGACGUAUACAGCAGUUGGACCAAAUUAUUCUUCAGUUGUUGUUAACAGUUUAAAGCAUCUGGACUUGUGGGACUUUGAUGUAUUUGUGCUGAAUAGAGUCAGUGAAGAUCAUGCAUUGAAAACCAUUGUGUUUGAACUUCUCACUAGACACAACCUGAACAGUCGCUUCAAGAUUCCCGUUGCGUUUCUAAUGAGUUUUCUGGAUUCCCUGGAGAGUGGCUAUGGGAAGUAUAAGAAUCCUUACCACAACCAGAUCCAUGCAGCAGACGUGACACAGACAGUUCACUGCUUCCUUUUGCGUACAGGCAUGGUGCACUGCCUCAAUGAGAUUGAAAUCCUGGCGAUUAUUUUUGCCGCUGCCAUCCAUGAUUUUGAGCACACAGGUACAACAAACAGCUUCCACAUCCAGACAAAGUCAGACUGUGCAAUCUUAUACAAUGACCGAUCGGUACUUGAAAACCACCACGUCAGUGCAGUAUAUCGAAUCAUGCAAGAAGAUGAAAUGAACAUAUUUGUGAAUCUCACCAAGGACGAGUUCUCGGAAUUAAGGUCGCUCGUUAUUGAGAUGGUCUUGGCCACAGACAUGUCUUGCCACUUCCAACAAGUGAAAACCAUGAAAAGUUCCCUACAGUCCCUGGAGAACAUUGACAAAUCAAAAGCACUAUCUUUACUACUUCAUGCAGCUGACAUUAGCCACCCUACAAAGCAGUGGAAAGUGCAUGCACGAUGGACCAAAGCUCUAAUGGAGGAGUUCUUUCGACAGGGUGACAAAGAGGCUGAAAUGGGGUUGCCAUUCUCUCCACUUUGUGAUCGCAAGGCUACAUUGGUAGCUCAGUCUCAAAUAGGCUUCAUUGAUUUUAUUGUCGACCCAACAUUUUCAGUGUUGACUGAUGUGGCUGAAAAGAUUGUUCUUCCAUUAGUAGAAGAGGGCACCAAAACAAAACCAGCUGUUCCUGUCAACCAGUCCAGCACUCAGUGGAGACAACCAUCGUUAGAUGAACAGUCUGAACUGGGUGAUAUUAAUGCUGACCUGAAUAGCUUCCGAUCAACAUGGACCAAGUAUAUCCAGGAGAAUAAGCAGAAGUGGAAAGAAAGAGCAGCAAGUGGAAUCACGAACCAAACAUCUGUGGAUGAGCUUUCGCCCUGUGAGGAAGAGCAUAGCACAGAGGAAAAUGGUAACCUGGACUAGUGCACAGUUUCCAUGGAGACCAGGCGCUACUCCAUCUGCAUAGAGGUUCAGAUCCCCUCCCUGCAGUACAGAAGGACUAGGGCACAGGGAAUAAAGAGAUUGGAUCUAAAGUCGCAGGUCACUUGGCACGCACAGAACAUCUGACAUUCAGGGAACUUGACUGUCCUCAGAAUCCCCUGUCUGUGACACUGUGUGGGCUGACCCACAGAUCAUUGCACAGCUCUUUGUCUCUGUCCACCUGUCUCUGCUUUGUGGGUCUGUCUCUUUUUUGUGGAUCAUUAGGAUGCCACCAUAUGGAACUGCCUUUGCUCUGUUCAGCCUCUGAAACAGAGCUGUCUUUUUCCUUUUGUGUGUCUCCUAGUUUAGGACACUUUUUUAAAAUUUAUUUUUGCUGUAUGCAGUCACCAACGUACAAUCAUCUACAUUUUAUAUUGUUUGCCUCUCAUGGCUCUAUCAAGGCUCUGCAUGAUUUAGUUCUUGUUUUUCCAGAGUGAUGCAAAAAACACUUCACUUAUGCACAGUGACAUGAAGAACAGGAUAUAGAACUCUGGCUCUUCACCUCACCUCAAGAAGGAAACAAAGAGUGUCUCACACUACAGUAAAUGUCAUUUUGUAACUUAGGAAAAUGCAAUAUAACAAAACACUGAACAAUUUUUACCAAAAAAAAGUUACAAAUAGACAACUGCAUCCAGAGUUCAGAGUUGUGGCCCUCAAAUCAGCACUCAGGCCCCGCUAUGUAUGGGUUACACUACAAUGACAUCUGGAUUUCACCAAUAGUAAAUGAUUUGAGACUCAUUGAUUCUGAGCCAUCUAGAAGAAUAAAGAAAUUGGACCUGUUCAGAAGGAUCAUGGGACCAUGCCUUCCACUUCAUUAUAAUGUAGUUAUUCCGAAGGGGACCAAAGCAUGUUAGUACUUACAGUAGUUUAAUUAGGUGAAUGCAAUGUUUUGGAUUUUUUGACUUAGUAUUGCAACAUUUCCACAUAGCACAUUGUUGAUAGACUCCUCCCUGUUAAACACCACUACACAUAUGUUCUCCAGCUAAUUAAGAUGUGCAGAACCUAAUCCUGUUUCUUCCUCUAAGACCCGCCAAGCAGGAGGACAUCAGACAUUUUCCGAGAAGAUUAACAAUGCUCUGCAAACUUCUCUUCUCAGAGUAUGCAGAGCACUGAUUAGUUGACCAUUCCCAAAAACAAAUUUCCAAGCCAAGCACCUGUAGAUCAUUGUAUGUUCUUCAUUCCCUGUGAUGGAAUAACAAGAAUUUCUUGUCUGUUGUGUCCUGUCUGUGUCCUGGGUUUUGGUGUUGUGUUUCUGUGCCUUGUUUUGAAGUGCUGUACAAAGUCUAUCUCAGACGACUGUGUGUUCAUCAACCUUUCCAGUACCUUAGUAAAGACACCAUUUUUUUUAAUUAA